GUCCACACUCCAAACUGCCCCUCAAGGUUGUUGGUAUAAACGAGGGGGAUUUGAAACACUGCUAGUGUAUCCUAACGUCAUGCUUUCAUAAUCUAUUAUUGUUGUCAUUUGCUUCCUCUGUCAAACCCUCCGUUCUCAUCAAGGGGAGCUUCAUCAAUCUUAAACCAACUUUUCUAAGAUUGAAGUCAAAUCUCCCGAAAUCGGGUCCUCAUAUUUGCAUCACAACCUGUUAAUUAAGGCGUGAAACACCUAUAUUCUUCUUAACACUUAUAUUUCAACGUCGUCGACUAACUUUUGUGAAAAUGGUUAAGAAAAAGACGUCAUUAAUUGUAAAUGACUCAUCUGCUAAUCAAGUUUAUGUCAAUGAAAAAUUGGAUAAAGAAUAUUCAGACUUUUUUAAUAUAUGUCUUCUCAUAUUUCUGUACAUAUUACAAGGCAUUCCUCUCGGACUGUCGUCUGCAGUCCCUUACUUACUACAAGCAGAUCCAAAAACGGUUAAUUACCAAUCACAAGCAGCUUUCUCGUUUGCAUUUUGGCCAUUCUCACUUAAACUAGCUUGGGCUCCAAUAGUGGACUCGUUGUACAGUUCACGUAUAGGAAGACGGAAAACCUGGCUUAUACCUGUUCAGUAUGCCCUUGGAAUUAAUCUAAUUAUUAUCGCGCUCUAUGUUAACCAGUGGUUAGGUCGUACACCUGAUAAUCCGUGGGGUCCAUUAGGUGUGACACAUCCAGUGGAUAUUUCACGUUUGACUAUAGCUUUCUUUGGGCUUACGUUUCUUGCGGCUACACAAGAUAUAGUAGUGGAUGGAUGGGCACUUACAAUGUUGUCUAAAAAAAAUUUGGGAUGGGCUUCAACAUGUAAUACAGUUGGUCAAACAUUGGGUCAUUUAAUUGCAUUCGUUGUACUCAUGUGUUUAGAAUCACCGGAUAUUUGUAAUAAGUAUAUACGAAGCACCCCUGUUGAAGGCGAAGGGUUGAUUACUUUUUCAGGUUUUCUCUAUUUUUGGGGUAUUGUAUUUCUUGUGACAACUACACUUGUUGGAAUUUUAAAAAAGGAAACAUCUAUCGAUUCAUCUGUUCUAUCAUCUAUGGAAUCGAAUGAUCUUGAUACUACUACUAAUAAUAAUAAUACUAAUAAUUAUUCGAACGGUUCAGCAAUUUAUUCAAAUCAAACAGAAAUUUUUGAAAGACAAUCAUCAAUUUCUAGAAAUCGUAUCGCACAAACAAAUUCAAUUGAUAAUAAACAAGUUGAUAGCAGUAAAUCCAUUCGAAGUCGUUCAAAUACUCCUAAUUAUUCAUCAAAUAAUUGGAGUCAUAUUAUUGAAGUUACUCUUGAUGAAAAAUUGAGCACAAAUAAAUCAAACAAAGAAUUAUCAUUAUUGGAUACUUAUCGUGUUAUGUUAGGUAUUUGUAAAUUGAAACCUAUUUUACAAUAUAUAUUAUUGUUGUUCAUUGUUAAAGUAUGCUUCUGUCCUGCAGAUGCCAUCUCUGGACUAAAACUAAUUGAGCAAGGUCUACCAAAAGAACAACUUGUUUUUAUUGGAGUUCUACUAUUACCACUUGAAGUAAUCCUACCACUACUCAUUACUCGACUAACAAAUGGACCGAGAGUAUUAAAAUAUUACACUUGGGCAAUGUUACCUCGUUUGUUUCUAGCAUCAUUAUCUGUUCCAUUGAUUUAUUUUGCACCGUACUUUAAAAUUUCAAAUGCAAUUCAUCCAAUCACUUUUAAUAAUAAUCAUACCGUAAUGGAUUCUGCUUCCAUCGUUUCGUCGACUACAACUCAUGUAUCAUUUUCAUGGGUGUUCUAUGGUAUAAUAAUUUGUCAUUUGGCUCUAUAUACCGUAUUCUCCACUGUUAUGUUUAUUACGCAAGUAUCAUUUCAUGCAAGAAUAAGUGAUCCAGCUGUGGGUGGAACUUAUAUGACUUUGUUGAAUACGGCAGCUAAUUUAGCUACAAGUUUACCAAAUACUCUAUUUCUAUCACUCGUUGAACCAUUUACUCUGAGAACAUGCUAUGGAGCUGAUAUACUAAAAGCUGGCUUAUUACAGUUACGAACUAAUUCCGUUCAAUCCGUUCAUGCAAUGAAUUUAACUCAUUCUAUAAAAUAUUCAAACGAUACGAUUUUUGAUAGUGGACAGUUAUGGUUGGAUAAUAAUGCCACAUGUCGAGAUUCUAAAACUAUUCAGGCUUGUCUUGAUGUUAACGGAACUUGUUCAACAUUAAUCGAUGGUUUUUAUGUAGAAGUUGGAUUAUGUUUACUUUUUGGGCUGAUUGUAUUCCCAACUAUAGCAUUACCGUUUGCUAAUCAUCUUGAUACGCAACCAAAUGAUGUGUAUACUUUUCAUCUUUCAUCUAAUUCCUCCCCCUCGUCAUCAUUAUCAUCAUCACUACAAACCAAACAUCAAAGUAGAAAUGAUAAAUAUGAAGCUAAAAAAUUUCGAAAAGAUUAAAGUGUCUAUCAUUCAUUCAUUUACUACUUACUCGUUUUUUUGUGAAUAUAUAAUUUCCAUAAUUCAUGUUACACUCUUUUUCUCUCUGUUUUUUGUGCACUAUUUUCUUGUGAUACACUAAUUAUGUGCAUAUUACUUUACUGUUCUUUGUUUUUUCAUUCUCUCUCUCUCUCUCUAUAGUUGUUCUUUCCUCUGAACUAUUCUUCAUACUUGUGAAUUUACUUUCUUCUCUAGUUAGGUAAUUUUAUUGUUUGUUUUGUUUGUUAAAGUACAGCUACAAAAUUAAUUCACUCACACGUAAAUAAUACACCAUGUAUGUGUUGUUAAUGUGUUUGUUUUUCUUGUUUUUUUUCAUUUUCACUCAAUAAUAACAUGAUCGAUGUUAUUUGUAAGUUGACAUGAACACGAGCGUUCUAUUGUUUGUUUAUACAGAAAGAAAAACAGUAGUUUUAUUUUUUUCUUAAAUUUCACGCUUGUAAAUUAUUAUUUAUUUGCCUAAUAUUAUUUUUAUUUAUUAUUGUUGUUAUUUACUUGUGCAAAUUUUUUGACUAUUUUUUUUCUCCUUUUGUAUAACUUGUAUCGGUGUGUUGAUAAUUUUGAAUGGGAAUGAAUUAAAGUAUACGAAAACAA